AUGCCGAUCAAGAUCGCUGUCGUCGGCGCGGGCGUGGUGGGCAUGGCCACGGCAGUCCGAAUCCUCGAGAGCGUAGAGAACGCCCAGGUGACAGUCAUCGCGGAGUCCUUCACGCCCCACACGACGGGUGACGUCUCCGUGGGCCUCUUGGAGCCAUUCCUCGUCAACGUGGAGUCCCAGGAGAAACUCAGAGAUUGGUGUGUGGACUCGUUCAACUUUUAUCACGGUCUAAUCAAGGCAGAAACUUCGGGGCAACUGGGAUUGGCCUUAGUACCGGUAUACGAACUCUUCGAAAAGUUCAAAGCCAAACCGUUGUAUGCUGAACCGUUUCUGGACUAUAGGGACAUGACCCCUGAAGAACUCGCGGCGUAUCCAGGAGAUUACAAGUAA